AUGAAAAAACCAUGUCGUUUCAGAUGUCUUAUCGUGACCAGUGCGAGGAGCAAGUCAGAGCAUAAGAGAUCACUUAUAUUCCCUCCUACAAGUCUUUACGGGACCUUCUUGGCUAUAGCCGUACCAAUCGACAUACCAAAUAAGAACGUCUUCGUGUCCUACAACUUUGAGUCUAACUACAGCACCCUGAACAACAUAACAGAAAUCGACGAAGUGUUAUUCCCUAAUCUACCAGUGGUAACGUCCCGUCAAAGUCGUAGUAUAUCACGAGAGCUGACUUACACCAUUCUGGAGAACAGGUUUCAAGAGUACGGUAUGAAGGGCAGAGAGUGCAUGCUCCGUAACAUUUGUGAAGCAGCGGAAACUCCACUACAUCACAACGGCAUCCUUGGACAUAUCCUACACAUUAUAUUCACUCCCUCAUCAUCUCAAGAAGAAGGAAUAGAGGAUGAAUACUACGAGGCAGAAGCGGAUGGCCACCGAGGUGACUGCGACAAAUAUGUGGAAGACUGCCCUACUAGUCUCUUCGAUUACAUCACUAGGCUCGUCGAAUUCACUAAUACUAAACAAUAA